UGUAACACCAUCUAAUGAUGCGAAUAACUCGAACUGUAUCGGGAGUGAAACUCCAGUCAGUGUUACGAGUAGCUCGAUUCGUAUCGGGACUGAGCAUUGUCCUUCUGCUCAUCAACUAUGUGCUUUUCAUUCGAAUUUGGCGCGAACCUCUAACAUUUAUCAGCGAUGAGAAGUAUUUCAAUAGGACGCUUGCGAAAAUCUUAAGACCUCGCUGGUCAGGUAGCCUGGGUCAUUCGCAGGUGGGCGAUUUUCUUAUCGAGGAGCUACAGGACUUGGGUUUUAUUGCGCUACGCGACGAAUUAUUUGACGAAAAGAUUUUUACCAAUUUUUUGGGCAUUAUGAAUACGGAGGCAUCAAGUUUUUUAUUGCUCACCUGUCAUUAUGACUCGAAGUUCUUGAAGAAUGCCGCAAACUACGUGGGAGCCACAGAUGGUGCCGUUUCCUGUGCCAUUCUUCUCACUAUGGCCAGGACGCUGGGUCCCUAUUUACGCGGAGAGUUCUCACAGCGCGAUGACAUUGGCUUGCUGCUGGUUUUCUUCGAUGGACACGAGUCCCUGAACGAGGUGGAAGAAGAUUUUAAUUCGCUUAAUGGAUCGCGACGCUUUGCCGAGGUGGAAACCAUACCAUUGAAAAAUAUUGAGUUGGUUGUCACGCUUAACCUAAUUGGUGCACCCAACCAUAUCUACAUGAGUCACUACGAGGACACAUUUGUAUUGCACAAUCGUCUGGCAGAUAUUGAACGGGAUAUGCAGAUGGCAGGCAAGCUGACCAAGUGCCAUAAGCUGUUCCACAGCCUGAAAGAUCACGAGAGCGAUAUUGAAGACGAUCACUAUCCGUUUCUUGAGGAGGGCGUGCCAGUUUUGCACAUAGUGCCCCAUACCUAUCCAGACGCAUGGCACACUGCGGGUGAUAAUUUUAUGAGCCUGCAUUGGCCGACAAUACGUAAUAUGAACGCAAUUAUUCCACGAUUUGUUUAUGAGUUUUUAAAAACUAACCGAGAAACCGCAUAAAAGUAUUGAAUUAAUGUUUAAA